AUGCUGAUUGAGUGUUCUCAGUUGCCAUGGAAGGAACUUGACAAAGAGGAAUAUGCUCUCUGGAAAGAUCCAUACAGCUGUGUGGGUCACUCUGCUGAUAACCCUGGAUGGAUUGGUGGGCGUGUGCACUUCACGGCAACACUUCAGUGCUCUUCACUUGGUAAUUCUCCAUUUGACAUCAAACUUGAGUCACCAGCUAUGGGCUCCUCGAAUCGGUUUGCACGCCGGUUUGGUUCACAUACAUUCCUUCGUGUCCGGAUACCUGAUGAUGUUAGAUGGGAGGUUGACAGUAGUAUCAGUGGCCCAGACAACCUCAUUGCUUACUUUACACAGCCAUUCAUCAUUCACCAUUCAGUCUUUCGUUCAUUUUAUGCAAAAGAUGGUCAUGUUUUCCUCUUUCGUACUGUAGAGCGCUGGGAUGGCAGCUCCAUUACUGUACCUACUGUAGCACCAGGCUCUACUGCUGAGUUCACUGCAGAGGAGUUCCUAUCCUGGCACAACAACCUCAAUCACAACUUGGGACAGAGUAUGACAAAAUGGGCUGCCCGGUUUGCUCUGGGGCUGUCCAAUUCAGUUCCUGGUGUCCAGGUGAAGGAAGAAUGCAUCCAGGAAGUCAAUGACAUUGUCUGUCCUGGCUUCAAGAGACAAGGCAAAGUGCCCAGUCAGAUGGUCAUGACAGAUGGGUGUGGACUGACCUCCCACAAUGUGUUGAGAGCACUCACACAGCAGCUGGGAUGGCUUGAUAUACCCACUGCUGUUCAGAUGCGCUUGGCUGGUGCAAAGGGCCUCCUGUUGACAGACCCUGCACACACAAUGCCUAACACACCCUUCCAUAUCUCCCUCCGUCCAUCUCAGAUCAAGAUUGACCUCUCAGGCUUGGGCAAUCCCAUUGACCCAGCAAUGUUGACCAUUGACAUCAUCAAGCCUUCCAGGCUGAGUACCCCCUCUCGUCUCUCAGAGGAAACCAUCAUCAACUUGGCAGAGAAUGGGGUUCCACUCCAAGCCUUUGUCAAGCUGAUGAAGGACGACUUGCAGGCAAGGGUGGAUGGUCUCACACAAUGGACCUCCCCUGCCUCUGUGUUUUCCCUGUACAGAAAUGUUGGGAUUGCUGAGUCUGUGACGACACAGAGGCUUGUCAGGGAGGCUGCUGGUACUGCUCGUGCAAAGGGCUAUACCAGCCGUGAUGUAGAUGAGGGGAAGGAUGAGGCCCUAGAUGAGGAUGGGCUGGACAACUUGGAUGAUGUGCUCAAGGAGCAGUCUGUUGCAUGGUGGGCUGAUCCAACUAGUGGAUGCCCUUCUACCAUUGCAGAGACUGCUCUUGUCCUGCUUGAUUCUGGUUUCCUUCCUGACACAUGCCCAGUGCUGGCCUCCAAGCUCAAGCAUUGUGUCAAGAUGGUAAUCAAGUCUUGCAAGAAUAAGUGCCAUAUUGCAGUUCCCAUGUCAUGUACAGCCUUUGUUGUACCAGAUCCCUGCAAUGUACUGGAGCCCAAUGAGGUCCAUGUCAAGAGUUCAUCCAGGAACUUACUGGACCAAGAUGGCAUGCAAACAGAUCUAGUGCUAGGAGAGGUCUUGGUUACUAGACAUCCAUGCAAAUUGCCUACAGAUGUCCAAAAGGUCACUGCUGUGUAUAGAGCAGAGCUCAGCAACUAUGUAGAUGUUGUUGUGGUAUCAACAAAGAACCAUCUCUAUGAUGGCCAGCCACUGAAUCAACAUCUAGCCAGUAUGACUGGUGGAGGUGACUAUGAUGGAGACACAUUGGAGGUCUUCUGGGACCCAUCUGUGGUCUCCUCAUUCACCAAUGCAAACCCAAAAUAUGCUCAAGAACCCAAGCAAGUCAAGGCUGUGCUCAGCAGAAAUCCUGAGACAGUCCCACAAUUUCUAGAGAGGACCUCAGGUUGCAGCAAGGCUGACAAACUUGCUGAGAUGCAGAAGUACCUCCUUGGAUCAUUGCAAAAUGUCUCCAGGGUUGGUACCUACUCCAACUGGUGGUUAGCCUCAGUGUACAAGAAUGGGUACUCACAUCCAGAUACCAUCUUCCUUGCAUACAUGUUCACCAAUGUCCUGGAUGGAGCCAAGACAGGCAUCACUGUCUCAAGAAAAGUCUUUGAGGAGCACAGGAAGGCAUACAGUUCUCUCCCAAUGCCCUGGACCCUCAGCCAGGGACCAUCAAGGGGUAGGAAUGAGCACAUUGGCUCUGAUGAAAUCCCUGCCAAACGAAAUCCAGAACUCCCACCUUUCACCCUAGAGCUCCUCCACCGCGAGCUCCAGAAGCAGUGCAACACUCUGGACAAGAGCCUCGACACCAUCUUCCCCGAGAAGGAGCCAGGCACCACAGUACCCCUCGACGAGCACCUCGCCGCGCCAUGGCAAGACACCGUCACACGCGCGCAGAAGAUCGCGACGACGCGCGGGGACACCUGGAUGCAGACGGAGCUUGACGCCAUCGCCACGCACGUCGCCGUGGUGUACACGCAGCACAUGGCGAAGGUGAAGAGCAUGCACGGGCAGCGCCAGAGCCGCAGCCGGGCGAACAGCAAGAAGAGCAAGGGCGGCGCGUCGUUCACGGACCUCCCGAUCGAACAGCGCCAGGACAUCUUCCGCGAGCUCUCGCGGAUGUUUGAGGACGGGCCGGCCACGCUCCCCGACGGCAGCGCGCUCCUGUGCUUCGACAAGCCCGCGAUACGCAGGCUGCGCGCAUCGUACGCGUACAUACUCGACCGCGACCGCUCGCGGGGCGGGUGGUCGCGCUUCCCGUGGGACGUCGCGAUGCGCACACUGUGCGAGAUUAAGGUGGAGGCGCUAGGUGGUGGGAAGACGCUGAUGGAGGAGUUUUACUACAAGAUGACGAUCCCUAGGUCAUUCGUGAAAGGGACAUGA